UUUAUGUCUUUGGUUUAUGUUUCCCUUCCUCCUCCUCCCCCUCCGUCAGAAGAUGGCGGCGGUGCUGGAGAACGGGGAUAAGAGAGAGAGUGAGGAAUGUAGCUCUGACCGGGGUGUCCGCCGCACAGAAACGUUGGGCUUUUACGAGACGCAGAACGAUCCGAGCACGCACGCCGGCAAGAAACGGAAUCUGUCAGAUCUGUCCCUGCUGAGAUUUAUUAGUGCUGAGUUAACACGAGGAUAUCUUUUGGAACACAAUGAAGCCAAGUACAAGGAAAGGAGGGAGAGAGUAUACACUUGUCUGCGAAUUCCUCGAGAAUUGGAAAAGUUGAUGUUUUUUGGAUUCUUCCUCUGCCUGGAUGCCUUUCUAUAUCUCUUUACUCUACUACCACUUAGAGUCCUUCUGGCUCUAAUGCGAUUUAUUACUCUACCUUGUUGUGGGUUAAGAGAUGGAAGAUUACUGCAACCUGCUCAAGUGUGUGACAUACUUAAGUCAGUUAUAAUGGUCAUCUGCUUUAUUAUGAUGCACUAUGUGGAUUAUUCCAUGAUGUACCAUCUAAUUAGAGGACAAUCUGUCAUCAAACUCUACAUCAUCUAUAAUAUGUUAGAGGUAGCAGAUCGUCUAUUCUCUUCCUUUGGUCAAGAUAUUUUGGAUGCACUGUAUUGGACAGCCACAGAACCUAAAAAGAAAAAACGGGCUCAUAUUGGGGUGAUACCUCACUUUUUCAUGGCGGUGCUUUAUGUUUUCCUGCAUACAAUUUUGGUCAUGGUGCAAGCAACAACAUUGAAUGUUGCUUUCAAUUCCCACAACAAAUCAUUGUUGACCAUCAUGAUGUCAAAUAAUUUUGUAGAAAUAAAAGGAAGUGUUUUCAAGAAGUUUGAGAAGAAUAAUCUGUUUCAGAUGUCCAAUAGCGAUAUAAGGGAGAGAUUCAAUAACUACGUACUUCUGCUGAUUGUGUGUUUGCGGAAUAUGGAACAAUUUUCAUGGAACCCAGAUCAUCUUUGGGUGUUGUUUCCAGAUGUUUGUAUGGUAAUUGCAUCAGAAAUGGUUGUGGAUGUGGUUAAACAUGCUUUUAUUACAAAAUUCAAUGAUAUUACAGCUGAUGUAUACAGUGAGUAUAGAGCCAGCCUUGCAUUUGACUUGGUCAGCAGCCGUCAAAAAAAUGCAUAUACAGAUUAUAGUGAUACUGUAUCAAGGAGAAUGGGAUUUAUACCACUUCCUUUAGCAGUUCUGCUAUCCAGAGUUAUCACAAGUUCCACAAAAAUUCAGGGAGCCUUGGCUAUUGUCAGUCUAUUGAUGUUUUACCUCGGGCUGAUUGCACUUAAAGUUCUGAACAGUAUUGUGUUGCUGGGGAAAUCUUGCCAAUAUGUAAAGGAGGCCAAAAUGGAGGAGAAGCUGUUCCAAUCCCCACCAACCAGCAUCCCUGGGAAAUCUGCCAAAAAAUCUGUCAGCAAAGUUCAAUCACCUCAAGGUGUUCCAGCAGAAGAAAUGCAAUCAGAAUCCAUCAUUAACCAGCCUGCAUCUCUGUCAGAAAGUGUAUCGACUCUGGUCUCAAGCAAUAGUUCUGAGCAAUUUAUGACAACCCCUAAUAUUGAGGACAAAGGAAUCGCACAGGAUAAAUCUGAAAGCAAGCAAUGUUCUUCAAAAGAAGACCUACUUGAAAUAGACAGGUUCACAAUUUGUGGAAAUCGGAUUGAUUGAUUGAUUAUUGCAACGACCUUUUGAGUGCAGCUUCAGAUAUAAGCCAUUGCAUGGCAAAUGGAACGCUAUGGAGCUUGACAGUAUAUAAAGGUUCAAGAGCUGCCAAAGGAGGCACUGAUCAGGAAUAUUUAUUAAAAUCUUUAUAAUUUAUUGAUGAUUCAAUCCUAAAAAAUAUUUUACCUGUUUAUUUUCCGUCUCUGGAAAUAUUUGGUUUGAAAUACGCCAUUUUGGUUUGUGUAGCAAUUUCCUGUGGCAGAGGAAGAAAAUCGUUUGGUUGGUUUCUAUGGAGACCUAGUAGAUUAAUGCUUUCAAAGACAGCUUUCUCCACAGCUGUUUGGAUUUUGUGCAAUAUUUCUUGCCACUCGUGAUGCAAUUACACCUUCAUACAAUAAUGUGAACAUACAGCCAGAUAACUUGCGUUUUGGCUUUUUUAAAUGUUUUCAACACAAUUCUCUUGUAUUUGCAGAUUUUCAUUGCGGAUAUGUGCCUCUUGCAGUGACUUUUUAAAGAAAUGUAAUCCUAUUCUGUCAGAAAAGAAAUGUUGAACCCAAACUUCAAGUUGAAGUUUAAAAUUAUUUCUGGGGAAUUUUCAAUUAUAAGGUGAAUGUUCAAGUGAUGUCGAUAAAGGAAAUGUUUAUGUGUUGAUCCCUUAAAAGGAAUAACCUGCACAUGGCAAGUUAGACCUUUUCUAACACAAAACUCUGAAAUAUCCAGAGUUACUGGCCACCUCAGAGAAAGAAACAAUCCUUCCUUAAAGUUCUGGGAUAUUGAAAUGUCUUGCCUUUCACAUACAGGAAAUGAUGCCAGCCACUUUCAGCAUCUUCUACUUUUAUUUCAGAUUUCCAUCAUUCUUCUUUUCUUUUGCAGUUUCCUAAGAAUAGAGUUUGUAGUGCAAUAGAAAAAAUUGAAGUUAUACAAAAGAGUGAAUCAUCAGACUGUAUAUUGGUAAGGAAUGAAACACACGUUGAAAUUCUGAAGAAGCAGAACAUUUUCAAUUAGUAAGAGGCUAAAGUGGAUAAUUUCCCCAUAACUAUGUGCUCAAAGGAAAGAUGUGCAAGACCCACAAGUAACUAAUUUUACAGCUUUUUAUUUAGUGAACUGCAUUAAUCUUUUAGAGUUCUCGUAUGUGCAAUGCUUCUAGCAUUUUGUUCUAAAUACAAUACUGUUUGCACUAAAUGCAAUAAUAUUUUUGUUUAAGGUUUCAUGAAAAAUAUCGUUAUUCAAACUUCUAACUUCAAACUUUGCAAUAUUUUGCAAGAAAUAUUUCACGUUAGCUGAAAGUUUAAAUGGUCUAACUGAAGUAGCAUGAGGCAGGCGUGAAAACAUUAACUUACAGGUAUUUUGUCAUUAAUUUAAGGGUGCUAUCAAGGUUAUAAACAUUCACAUUUCUAAAAAAAUGACAAUAACUAUCUCCCUACUCUGCAAAAUGACAUGACUGAAAUUUAUAAAGGCACCAAAUACAAAAUCUUCUGUAUCUUUUUAUAAUUAGUACAACAUGUAAAAGAACUAUGCUGAAUAAAUGCCCUUUUUUUGUAACUCAAAAUACUUGUUUUCUUAUGUGACAUGGAUCAAGGCCAUCAUAAUAAACAAAAAUGUUUGUCAAUGAA